AUGCCUGGAUUUCCACCUGAUGUUGUCCCUGGACAGGAAGUGAGGGACAUGGAGCUGUUUUUGGAUCCGUCAGCUUUUCUUCCCACCUCGUCUCCAACCUUGGAGCAGAAUUGGGAAGAAAUGCAGCAAGUGGAUGGCAGCUGGAGCCCAGACGGUGACCUGCAGGGAUGUGGACAUCUGGACAGGAGGUGGGUCCUCUGGCAUGAGUUCAUGAAAGAACAUGCCCACCUGGACACCUGGCUGCAAUUGGCUGAGCAGGCUGUCAGCUCCUCUAACUCCGCCCACGUUACCUUCGUCACUGCCAAGGAGGAGCUGACGAAGUUUGAGAGACUGCGGUGUGAGGCGAGAUCUCGUCUCGUCCAGUUGGACAGUCUGACCCAGAAGAAUCGAACGCUGACUCGGCUGUUUCAAGGCGCCAUGCAGGCUCGUUUGUUGGCGUUGGCGAGGGAGUGCGGGUGUCGAUGGGACAAGGUGAACACCAAACUGGAAUCCAUCACUAGACCACUGAAGCUCUUUGUGUCGGAGUGGGAGGAGUUUGAGGCGGAAAGGGAGGAGCUCGCUCUCUGGUUGGCUGACCUAGAUGUUCGUCUGGCUGAGGUGGAUCAUCUGUCGGGAAACACCUGUGAAAAGCUUAGACAACUGCAGUCCUUCCAGCAGUGUGUGUGUGUGAACUCUGGCCGUGUGAACGUCCUGCUGCAGCGCGGCGAGGCCUUGAUCCAACGCAGCCAGCCAACAGAUGCACAGCAUGUAGAAAGUCGGCUGCUGGAGCUGCUGCGGCGCUGCAGCUUUGUCUACAACAACAUUGCACGAACACACACCCGCCUGCUGAGCAUGAGACUGGUUUUUGAGGAUGACUGGAUUCUGUCUCCGGCUACAGACUCUGGUUGUCCUUCAGAGACUCUAUUAGAGGAAGAGGGAGCGCGUGAUAAAGCCAACCUGGACCUCCCUGCAUUUCCAAACCAUCCUAAAGAUUUCGGCCAAUCAGGUAACUCCACCCCGGCCUUCUCCUCACCCAUCCACUUCCCUCCUCCUCCUCCUCCUCCUUCUUCCCUGUCCUCGCCUACCCAUGAGCACCUGGGGUUGGAAUGGGACCCCUCGGUUGAUAUCGGACGCUCCGUCUCCCGUGAUGAUGCAGACUCAUCAUAUUUCAGUGCCAGCACAGGUCUGUGUCACAGGGAUGGCGUGAAGAGGCGGAGCUACCUCAGCUCUCUCGGCUCACAGUCUGAUCUCAGCAAGGACAUCACCAACCAGGAAGCAGAUCUGCGAUUGGAGGGAUGGCUUGACCACGCCCACCUCAGUGUCAUCUCACCUGCAGCAACCCACGGGGGUGGGACUUGGCCAAAGAGAGGCCAGUGGGUGACCUCGACCCCUGAAAGACAGGACGGUGAGCCGGUCAGCUUUGACGGCGGGCGCGUGAGGGCAUGGCUGGGAGUCCAGAGCCCUGCCCCUGCUGAGAGGAGGACUUCCAGAGCCGUGCAAACUGAUGGACAGGUGGAGUGUUACCUGGAUGGAUGUCACAGCGACACACUCAGUCAGCUGCCUUUUCAUCUCGACAACACACUGCCUUUUCCUGCUUCCUCCCCUUCGCCGUCACAUGACCUGAAAGCCUUGUCUGAUUGGAUGAAGCAUCAGCAGCGAUCCAGUCUUCAGGCGGAAGAAGAAGAAGAGCAGUCCUGUUGCGAGGAAGCCGAACGCCUUCUCUCAGAACAAAGUGUGACCUCCAGCAGCAGGGUCGUGUCCUCCCCGCUUUCCCCAGCCCUCCUCUGCCUCCUCCUGGCUGCUGCUCUGGCUCUUCUGGCUUGUCUGAUCUGGGCUGUCCUGGAGCCGCCAUGUCAUUGCAGCAGCAGGAUGCCUAGGAGCUUCCACCUGGCUCUGAGGUACGUCAACGGUCCCCCGCCAACCUGAAGACCACCCAGAGGCAGUUUGGACAAAGCACUUUCCUCAUGCUCUACAGAACGGAGGUUUGCAACUCACCAUGUAUGGCUCAUUUAAAUUAACCUACGAGGCUCAAACUGCAGAGAUCGCACAGCAGCAUGCAGGAAUACGGGAAGAAAAUGCAGAAUAAUAACACCUCAAAUCAAAGGCAGCACUGAGUGUCAGAUAUGCAUGCCUUUCUGACUAUUUUCCACCAAUAAUUUCUAUCAUUAUUCAUCCCUGUUUUGUCUAACUUCAAAAUUAGCUCCCUCUUGGGUUAAACCCAGUAUUAUUUUAGUGCAACCUGUCAAGAAUGGAUAUUAGUUUAUUCUUUGAGUGAUAAGCCACCAAAAGAAAGAGAACAUUUUCUCACAAUUCAAUAUUUAAAACUUUAUUUUCACAAAUAUAAGAAUAUUUUGCUGGUAAAGUGGAGAAAGGAGAAAGAAACCAAAAUAUUUACUUACCACUAACUGCCUUGUUUGGGAGCUUUUUUUCCAGUAUGUGACUUAGAUGCACUUCUCCAAACCUCCGGUGUUUAAGCAAAAGGAAUAUCCGCAUGAGAUUAACAGGUUGUGAACCUUAAAAGAAUAUGAAUAUAUGCUGAUGAUUGUGUCCUUUGGCAGCUGAUGAAAAACAAAAAUAGAGUUUUUAAGAAUCACUUUAUUGCUUGCUUUGUGGCAGCUGAUCCAUUCACUAGUGAAUCAGGAUUAAAUUGGCAGUUUGCAGAAUAUUUUUCAAAUUGGGACAAACCCAAAUCAUGUUGCGUUUCAAACAUAAGCUUUCAGUUUUAGUUCUUUCCAAUAAUCCUCAAUAAUGCAGUUCAAUGAAUUAACACAGCGUAAACGCAAAACGUUA